AUGAUUCUUAUGAUCGGCGACUCCAACACGGAGCUUGCGGCCAACAUAAGGACGCAAGGCUUCCAAGCGCUCCUCUCGUCCGACUAUAGUCGCUCGGCCGACGUGAUUAACCGCGGCGUGAGCGGGUUCACGUCCAGCAUUUGGGUUGCGCGCCUCGACCAACUCAUCGCCGAGUGGUCGCUGAAGCCGCCGAGCCUCGUCACGAUCAUGAUUGGUACCAACGAUGCCGCGCUGCCCAACUCGACGCUGCACGUGCCCAUUGACACGUACGCCGCGAACCUCCGCACGCUAGUGCAGCGCCGGAGCGCAUCGUUUGUCGGCACCAAGUUCAUCCUCUUGACGCAACCUGCCGUCGAGAGCUCAGCGCACUGGAAAGACGUUUUUCAGAACAGCGCCGCGGAAGCGUACGCAAAUCGCUGCAAGCAAGUGGGAAGCGAUCUUAAUGUACCCGUCAUCGACCUCUGGACGCCGCUGCAAGGCGUGCCCAGUGUGCUCGACGAUGACCUCCACUUGACGAUGACGGGCAAUGCAAUCGUGCACAAGCAAUUGCUCGCUUCAAUCGAGACGUCGUACCCCGAGCUCGCACCCGCCAAGUUGCCGCGCGCGUAUCGUGACAUCCCUUGA